GUCUGUGCUGCUGACACAGCCGGGAUCACGGAGCCAGAGAUUUUCUUGUUCUCUUCUCCCCAGCGCAGCCCGAUGAGCGGCCCCGGAUACAGGCUCCUUCCAGUAUAGCAGCCCCGCAGGCCCAGCCGGACUCUAUGGAAGUGAUGGAAAGUCCCCUAAACCUGGCACAUCAACAAAGCAGAAAAGCAGAUCGGUUUCUGGCAACAGGCAAAUAUGAAGAGGCCAUUGCUUGCCACAAGAAAGCUGCCGCCUAUCUCUCUGAGGCCAAGAAGCUGACACAGUCUGAGCAGGCUCAGCUGUCCCUGGAGCUGCAGCGGGAAAGCCACAUAAAGCACCAGCUGUUGAUCCAAGAGAGAUUGAAGCGAGCGAGAAGGGAAGAGAAGCUCCGAACCCAACAAAAAGCAAUAGUGGCAGAGAGGGAGCUGAGUGCCCACCUCCAGGCCUCCUACCGAUCUGCCGCUGAUAAUGCCGACAGCCAAAAUACACUUGGUUCUGCGGGGCAGAAAUCAGGUUCCAACCCAGGGAAAUACGUGCAGGAUAUCCCCAGCGUGCUGGAUAGAGAGCCAGAUUCCUUAAUGUAUUUGCUGCAGCGCCGGAAGGAGCCCAUGGAGACGUGCAAGGUGUCCAAAGCCCCUAAGGACGACAAGACGAAACUGGAGGAGCAAGCGACCACCAUCAAAGAGUUAAACCAACUGGUGGACACGCUGCUCGCCGAGAAUGAGGCGCUGAGAAAGGAGAACAAGAAGCUGCGGGCGGAAGUGGCCAGGCUGCAGAAGAAUCCAGAAAAGGAUCUGGACAUCGACACCGAUUUCGUGGAGAAGUCGGAACUGUGGAAUUUGCAGCAGCCGACGGGAAGUGCCGCCAACCCCACAUCCGCCUGGCAGAAGUUUGUAGCGCACAGCGGGAAGGGCACGGACAUUCCUAUUCCCAAUCUUCCACCUCUAGACAUUCCUCUGCCAGAGCUUCCCCCUCUAGAGCUCCCGGAAGAUAUACAGUCCCAGCUAAAAGGACUUAUGGAUAGCUAGAGACCGCCUGAAUCAGCCACGUACAAUCUCCAGGAAAGGGAAAUCUAUCAGGGCAGCAAUACUGUAAGGACAGUCGUACUGUGCCAGGAUUCCCUGUAAGAGCAAAUGAACAGGAAACUGGCAGACGCGUCACUGUGAAAUGGUCAAUACAAGUUCUCAUGCUGAACCGA